CAAAAUUCUGUCUAUAAAAAAGGGAUCCAAACGCACUUCUCCAGUCACAUCGCCUUUUCUGCCACUACCAUAAGUUAUAAUUCUGCCUCCUGCAUCAAGCAAACAGUCUUUACAUCAACUUUCUCAUAAUCAGGUAGCGACUUAAGAUGCCGGGAGAAAUUGUCAGGAAGACAAUUACAAAGAAAACUCACGAUAGCCACCCGAACCAUGAGCUUGAGCUGAAGAAUUAUCGAAAGCCAUACAGGUGUGAUGGAUGCCUGGAGCUUGGUCAUGGACCAAGAUAUAGAUGUGACCUGUGUGACUUUGAUCUCCAUGAAGAGUGCAUGUUCACUACCCCCACAACUUCCCACGAGUUCUUUAAAGGAUCCACCUUCAAAUUCUUUAAUCAACCUCCGGGAAGAUGCUGUGUGAGAAACUGCAAAAGGUAUUGUGAUGCAUGCGGACAGGCUAUAAAUGGCUUUGUUUAUCACUGUGAAGAAAAAGGUUGGGAUUUGCACCCUUGUUGUCGUAACCUCAAGAAUAAAAUUUAUAUUGAUGGUGUGAAAUUCCGGCUUUGCAAUAAGGUGUCCCAGAAGUGCCUAUGGUGCAAGAAGAGGAAGCUUUCGAAUGGUGUCAAGGGCAUCCCUGGUUGGUCUUAUUUGGCCAAGAGUGACAAUUGCCAUUUUCAUGUGUAUUGCGCAACGGAAAUGGUGCUUGAGAGGUGGAAAAAUGGGCCUAAAGAUAGUAACUGUUUGGCGUUGGAGAACCUGGAGCUGGAGCUACCACUUCAAGCUAAUUUGUUUAGAAGACGUGGAAGAGGUAGCAAGUAUUUGCGGAUUGUGAAGUUCCUUGGGACCAUUCUGGCUAUCCUUUUAGGUGAUCCAACCAUAACUUUGGCUUGCCUCUUUGUGGAACUGGUGUCCAAAUGAUCCUCAAGAUACAUUAUCUGGUGCUCACGAUAUUAGAAAGCACUUAUUUGUUGUGUUUGGGUAGUUUUAUAUUAGAAAGUUAUACUUCAUUUUUUUCAGUUCAUUUGAACACAGUGCAGCAUCCUAUAGUUAAUUCUUGUGUAGUUGAUAUUCUUUUUCUAUACCUUGUAUCUUCUUUGUGAGUAUUUUUUUUAUUCUUCC